AUGAGUAUAGUAAUAAGUGAAAUGGAUUCUUUCAACAGUGGUACUACUAAAAAGGAAUUAAAUACCGAUGCAGCGACCCCUUUCUCUCUUGAUAGUAUCCUACGAAAAUGCGGUGAUUUUGGGCGAUUUCAGCUUAUACACUAUUUCUUUAUUAAUUUCAUUUCCAUGAGUUCUGCCAUUGCUAGCUUCUAUUAUGUUUUUGCUGUCGCCACUCCUGAUCAUCGAUGUCGAUUACCAACAAAUAUAUGGCCAAAUGAUACACAAUAUUAUCCAAUGAAUAGAACACAUGAAAUAUUAAUUAAUAGGUAUAUACCAAAAACAAAAGAUGGAAAAAAAUGGGAACAAUGUGUACUUUAUGCAACCCAAGCUCUCAAUGAUACUCUUAUCAAUUGUCCAAAUGGAUGGGUCUAUGAUCGAUCAAUAUUUGGAUAUACAUUUACUGAAGAAGCAAAUCUUGUUUGUGGUAGUAAACCAAAACAAAGUUGGAUAGCUACUCUAAUGCAAACUGGUGGUUUUGCAUUACUUAUUAUUGGUACAUUUGCUGAUAAAUUUGGUCGAAAAAGAACAACUACUAUUAUUACUAUUUUUCUAUUUGUAACAUGUGUGAUUACUCAGAUAAUGAUCCAAUGGAUACCCAUGACAAUGGAAAUAAAAUUUGCUCUUUUAUUGUUAAAUCAAUUUGCAUCUGGUCUUACUGCUGCUGCAUAUAGUCUAAUAUUUAUUCUUGUUCUUGAAUUAACAUCAUCAGCCCAUACAAGUUUAGCUGGAAAUAUUGCGCUUGUUUCAUUUCCAAUUGGUGAAUGUGUUGUUACUUUAUUUGCUUAUAUAGCAAAAGAUUGGCAAAUACUUAAAUGGGCUGAUACAGCUUUUAUUGGUUUAAUUAUACCUUAUCUUUAUUUUAUGCCUGAAUCACCAUUAUAUAUGUAUUCUAAAAGACAAUAUACUAGGCUCGAAGAACUUUUACGACGAAUAGCAACUAUAAAUAAACGAAAAGAAGCAGAUUGGUAUCCUGCUUAUCAAGAAUUUAUACAAAAUCAAUCAUUUUCAUUAGUACUCGUUAAUAAAUUAAAAUUUUCUCGAAAAGUGUAUCAAAUUCUUACACAUCGGCCAACUAUUGUUAAGUUAUUAACUACUGCUUUACUUGGUUUUACAACAAUGAUGCUUUAUAUAAAAAUAAGUUAUGGUUUAGCUGGAAUGAGUAUUUCGCCAUAUAUAGCAAUACUAAUUGGUGCUGCUGUUGAAGCAGCUGGAUACAUAGCAGGUUCUUUACUUAUAUCGACAAGACUUGCUCGUAAAGGUUCGUGUAUGGUUAUGGUAAUUCUAACAAUUAUUUGUGUUGUUCUUAUUCCAAUUGUUUCAAAAUAUAGUCCAAUUGCAACUAUAUUUAUUGCACAAUUUGGAAAAUUUGCCGUAUCAGGUGCAAUUGCUGUAUCAUGGAUAUAUGUACCUGAACUUUUUUCAACAUCAAUUCGAAGUGGCGCUAAUGGAUUUUUUAUUGGGUUCAGUCGUGUUGGUGCUAUUGUCGCACCAAUUAUAAGUGCAUCUGUUAGUAAUGAAUAUUUACCUUAUACAUUUUAUGCAUCAGCAGGUUUAGCUGUUAUUGUUGUUUUGUCAACAUUACUCUUACCGGAAACAAAAUACAAACAAUUGGAUGAAGAAGAAGAUUAUACAAUAAAUCAAAAUAGUACUGCUUAA